AUGGUUUACACUACACCAACCAAUAAAGUAUUCUGCAUACAACAUCGAGCCUUAAUAAAUGCAACAACUCGAAUACAAUCAGAAAAUUUGCAUUACUUCCGCGAAGCAAGAAACUUAAUAGCAAGAAAGAGUUUAAUUACGGUGAACUUUAUUCUUGAAAUAAAAAACAUAAUGACGCAGCAAAUGCAAGCUGCUCAUUACCGUAAGGUUUGCAGAAAACAAAUGAUAAGACCGGCUGUGCCUGUACCAACUAACACCUUUGUAACUACUUGCUGCCCAUAUCAACAUGAAUAUAGUUACCCCAUAACAAUGAAUGGCUGGAGUUCUAUGCAUACACCUUUACUUCCAGUUGGCCCUGUACCAUUUUAUUUACCAACGACAAGACCAAUAUAUACCACAAAUUAUAGGCCUUUUAUUAGAACUGUACUACAGCCACUGUUGUCACCUAUAGUAUCACAAAGGAUUAUGCAAGAAAAUAUUUUAAAUGUGUCCAAUUAUAGCAACGAGUUUAAUUACUCUGCCGAACAUAUCAAUGAAGUAGAGGAAAUUCCAACUGAAGAAUCACAUUACACACAAGAACAAAUCGUAGCACAAACAAGUACAAAUUCAUCGAAUACAGGGGUCUCUGACGCAUGUGUUGAAGUUCAAUCAAUUCAAAAUGAUCCUGUAGAAUCUUAUUUAAACUUACCAAAAGAAUUAUUUCCCUCGCCCAGAAUGCUAGCACUCGAUCCUAAUCCAAUUAUAGAUGAAUUUUGUAAAAUGGAAAAUUUACUUCUCCACGCUCCUUGGCUCUUGGAUUUAGAGUUUGGAAUUCCAAAAUCUCCAAUCACACGACCAAUACCAAUAUACAAUGUCAAAUUUAAUAACAUACAUUGUAAAAAUACUCCUGAUGCUAUUCAUCCUGGUUUUGAAAGGUGUAAUCCAGAUUUCAAAAGGGUUUUACUAUUUUACUAUGACUGUAUUGUAUCAGCUUGGUACAGGGGGUACAUGAUAAUGAACUGUGAUAGAUCUGUCGAAAAUUUUCAGUCGUGGUUGCUUCUACCAAUGCAGGUUUUAGGAAUAGGAUGGCCUUAA